AAAUAAAUGUAGGCCUACAAUCCCAGAUCAUCUCGUGUGCCCUGACUGCCUGGUAGCCGUUAUACUGCAUUUGGCUCAGUAUAUGCUCAGUAUAGCUUCAGUAAUUGGAUAAGGGCUGAUUUAUACCAUAGAUUUAUACUCGACGUUCCCGACCUGUCGCGCGACAAUGUGACGUCACGGGAGCGCCGUAACUAUUUAUACUCGCGCUGGUGGUCGCGACACUAGUCUAUGGAGACACUAGUUACACUGUCUGUGGUUACACAGGGCACACCAGAUGAAUGGGAUUUUUGUCAUCCCUGUCGUUUCUUGUGAUAAAAUGUUGUAAAAGUUGCAUGACAUUGGCUUUCAUUGACCACUAAUUUAAACUGCAUUACAUUUGCCAGAGAAAAUAUGUUGAAAGCUUGAAUUUGAACAUGAAUUUUCUAAAAUUUCUACAGAAAAUGCUGGCCAGGGUAGAAUAUAGAGGAGUCCAAAAAUACAUAAAAGUUCCACAAAAUGAUGAAAACUUUGAUUUUCUCCAGUUUCUUCAAGCAGUAACAGACAAAUUUAGCCUGCAGGCUGAAUCUCUGAAUGAAGGUCUCCUCAGCUUGACUGAUACAUCAGGUACUGAGGUCGACGCAGACAUAUUUGAUGAGCUGAUAAAGUCAGGGAUCCAGAACUUCAAGAUUGGAUAUUGUCAGUAUCCAGUAUCAGAUCUCGAAGUAUGUCUUGUGGCAGACGAGACACAGUCCUCAGUAUUACCAGGCCCAUCAGUGUCACCAGUGUCAUUGCCAGCAUCCCCUGUGUCAACGUCAGACCGAUCAGCAUCACCAGCUUCUUCUGCUUCAACAGCUUCUACUGUCAUUCUCUCAUCCACUAAGAACAGGAAGAGGGGCCUUGGUGACCUGGACCGUGAUGAAGCAAGACAGAAGAUUGAAGCUACCCUGAGGUCCAAUCCAAAGGGUGAAGAAAUCUUCAAAGAAUAUUACAAAAAGAAAACGCUGUCGGAUGCAACGCGUAGACAGAUGAUCAAUAUUUUGAUUGCAGAAAUGACUGAAUCCUAUGGGAGAAUUCCACCCACAAGUGUGCGGACCACCUAUGCACUAGGAAUUGUGACCCUUUUUCCAUAUCUGCAAGAUCCAUAUUCAAAAAAUGGAUAUGAACAUUACUAUGAUCCAGACGCCAAUACUGGCUACCUUGCUUGGAGACUCAAGACAGUCCAACGCAACAGCUUUGAUGGCUCCCACAGACGUUCCAGGCCUGAUUUGCAGGACAGCCCAACAACCUAUCGAGAAUCCCUGUUAACCAGUCAGCAGCUCUUCGGUGAGGAGUGUCGGGAGGCGCUUUCUGUCAUCAGAUACUCUACAGAUCAUUCCGUGGUAAAAGAGAGAAUGAGAGCCACCUUUGAGUAUAGACAGAAGCUAGUUCAUGACCAGGAUGCAACAUCUACAGUCUUGGAUGUCUUCCCUCGUUUCCUUGAUGUUCCUGGAUUGAUUGACCAAGAUUUUUCCAUGAUGUUUGGGGAUGAAGUAUCUGGGAAAUUUCUGGCAAAGUGGCCCUCAUUUUUCAUGCAGAAAGUCAUCACAGAAUGCCAGAGUCUUCCCUCAAAUAUGCAUGUUGAGGAUCUUCUUGCAGCUUUUGACUCUGAUGCCGAGAAUGACUUUGGCUGGGAUAGCCAUAUGUCAGCUCUCCUCCUGCUGUUGCAUCUCCUGCCCCCUACAUCAAGAGGCCAUAAGAAAACAGCUAAGAUCAGCUCAGCACAGGAAGCCAACCAUCUUGUAAGAUUUCUUAAAGAGGGUGCAAGCCUCACCACAUUCCUGGAGAAAGUUGAUGGAAGACAGCCCUUCCUCCUCUGCAUCGGUGAGAAAAAGAAGAGAAUCCAGAGGUUCUUCAUUGUCGUGGACCAGAAACCCAUCCCAAGCAAUGCUCAGACAACGGUAGCUGCUUUCGAUGAGCUGUUUAAAGCUCACUACGUCUUCAGCCUCUCUUACGAUGAAGUGCUUACCAGCUUCUACACCUUCAUCCAGACAGCGGUGUACAAUAUUGAUAUCGGAAAAGCAAAGGAAAGCCCGCGAGUCAAGGAACUGAGAGCUCGACUACUGCAAGAGCGUUAAAAGGCCACCAGCUCUCAAAGGUCAGAGUACAAUUCUCUGAAAAUGUUCACAUGUUUUGUUUGCAAAAUGCACCACAAAGACUGUUCAGUUCUAUGUAAGCAUUUAAAGUUUCAACAUGGUUUGUAUCCAGCUAAGAACUUACGUUUGAAAUGCGGAGAGCGAGGGUGUGCUUCAUCUUUUUGUACGUACAAUGGCUUAAGAAAGCACCUAAACACUGUGCAUAAGCUUUGCUAUGAUGAACAGGUCCGUACUAACCAGGAAGUGGCAUCACAAAUACAUUCUGAGGUGGAAUUUUCAAGUGAUCAGCCAACUACCUCUGCAUCCAUGUUGCCAGUCCUUCCUGUUAUCACACAGAAACCACUUACUAAAAUGUGCGGUUCACUUGUUGCACACUUACAAGCCAGUGGUCUCUCCGAAAGCACCAUCCAAACAAUAGUUUGUUCAAUGGAGGAAGUUGUCAGUGAUGUUCAAAGUGAAACACGAGAAGCAGUUCUCCAAACAUUUUCUCCCGAAACCAAGAAGUCAGAAAUGUAUAAUAAAAUAGAGCAUACUUUAAAUCAGUUAGACAAUCCUUUUUCAACAUUUAACACAGCGACAAAGAGACAAAAAUAUUAUGAUGAAAAAUGGGAAAUAGUUGAGCCAAAAGAAUUUGUUCUUGGUGUGAGAUUGGAUACACGUAGAGAUAGGACUACAGGUGUCUACAGUCAGGUUCCUGUGACAGACAAGUUCAUGUAUGUACCCAUUUUAGGCACACUUAAGUCCAUUUUCCAAAAUGAUGAGAUAAGAGAAUGUUUUUUGCAAGAGAAACACAGUCAAAAGGGAACAUAUAAAGACAUCAAUGAUGGGUUAUAUUUCCAAAACCAUCCUCUUUUUUCUCAAAAGCGGCAUGCUCUACAGAUUUUGCUUUACUAUGAUGACUUUGAAACAGCAAACCCAUUAGGUUCUAAGAAGGGUGUCCAUAAACUUGGAUGUGUUUAUUUUACUUUAAAAAACCUCCCACCAAAAGUAAACUCUGUGUUAAUGAAUGUGCAUCUUGCAGCUCUUUUUUAUACAUCAGAUUUAAAGAAAUAUGGUUUUGAUGAAAUAUUUAAGCCUCUAAUUGAAGAUUUAAAAAUUUUAGAGACAAGAGGAAUCAGAAUUCCAUGUAUUGAAGAACCACUGUUUGGAUCUGUAAUUCAAGUGACGGGAGAUAAUCUUGCUUUAAAUGGCAUUUUAGGGUUUGUUGAGUCUUUCAGUGCAACACACUGUUGUAGGUUUUGUCUGAUAAGUAAGGGAGAAAUUCAGUCGAUAUUUAAUGAGGAUGAUCCUGGACUUGUUCUGCGCUCCAGAGCGCUUCACAUUGAACAUUGUAAUGCACUAAGUGAAGAACCUGCUCUACCCUCUGUUUAUGGUGUUAAAAAGUCAUGUGUGCUCAAUACAUUAGAGUAUUUUCACAACACUGAUAAUUAUGCUGUUGAUAUAAUGCAUGAUUUGUUAGAGGGUGUUGUACAAUAUGAGCUUAAGUUGUUUUUUCAGUACCUGAUAAAAAAUGGCUACAUUUCUUUGAACAGUAUUUCAGACAGGAUGCAUAGUUUUAAUUUUGGUUUUACAGAACGUAAGAACAAACCAAGUGGGUUGAAAAUUGAUGACAACAGCAAGCACUUAGGUUUAAAUGCCAUUCAGUCAUGGUGUGUUCUCCGCAAUACCCCACUUAUCUUUGGUGAUGUGGUUGAAAUGGGCAACAGUCAUUGGAACCUUGUGCUCCUGUUAUUACAAAUUGUUAACAUCGUGUUCUCCCCAUUCCUUACUGACGGCAUGAUAUGUUACCUAAAACAUUUGAUUUGUGAUCACCAUAACUUGUUUAAAACUUUGUACCCUGAUAAGAAAUUGAUCCCAAAACACCACUUAAUGAUCCAUUAUCCGAGAUGUAUUAAAAAAAUUGGCCCUUUAAUCCAUAUGUGGUGCAUGCGAUUUGAGGCAAAACAUUAUUUUUUUAAAAAGUCUGUAAAGAAUUUCAAAAAUCUUACAAAAUCUCUAGUAAAACAACACCAGCGUCAAUUGGCUUUUUACUAUGAAAAUUAUUGUUUUAGGAGGUUUGAGAUUGGUCCUGUGAAAAUGAAAACAAUUGAUGGCAUGGAAUGUGGAGAAACACUGUGUCGAAUACUAAAAUUAGAUUCAUAUUCAGAUAUUUCAACUACAAAUUGGGUUAGAAAUUAUGGCACAGAAUACCAGAUUGGUUUAUUUAUAGCCACUGAAACAUCCCAUGAUCUACCUGUGUUCAAGAAAAUAUGCCGCAUUAUAAUACAUGAACAGCAUGCAUU